AUGACCGAUACCUCCAGAAUCCUUCCUGUCCUCAUCGUUGGUGCAGGUCCUACCGGACUGGCGGCGGCCUUGACAUUGGCGCAGAACGGAGUGCCGGUCCGCAUCGUGGACAAGGAAGGGGCAUUCCACGCCACGUCUCGUGGAGCCGGCAUUCAUCCGAGAUCCGUAGAGAUAUUCCAUUUCCUUGGGGUAUUGAACAACGCCCGCAAGUUCCACAGAGACUUGCCGCCGUUUCAAUCGUACAAACUCCCAGGAGGCACCGAAGUGUUGAAGAGAUGGCAUCUCUUCGACAAAUUUGAGUCUUCUCCUGAUCGUCCCUGGGAUGCCAUGACGAUCAGCCAGUACUACACUGAGGGCGUUUUCCGCGACCACCUAGCCAAACACGGCAUCCAUGUGGAAUUGCGUACAGAACCCGUCUCUAUGGAGCAAGACGACAAUGGUGUCACCGUCACCCUGCGGAAAGUCAGCGGAAGUGGAGCAGAGCAAACGGAAAGCAUUCGCGCAGCAUAUGUGAUUGGCGCAGAUGGCGCUCGAAGUAUCACUAGGAAACAGAUCGGCGCCACGUUCGAGGGGAAAACAAAAGAUGCUGACGGUUCCGUAUACGCGGACGCCGUGAUUGAAGGCCUGUCGUCAGAAUUAUGGCAUCUCUGGUCCACCCCUGGGAAGAUGUUGAUCGGGGCACGACCGAAGUUGGAACCCAAUGCCUUCCACGUCACAAUUUUCAGCCGUGAUUUCGAUCCUGUUGAAAUGGUCGAUCAACAGAAGUUCGUGGACUUCUCUCACCAGACCACUGGGCGGAAGGACCUCCAUUUCAAAGAGAUCACAGCUUUAACUUACUGGAAGCCGAAGAUGAGGAUGGUCAACAAGCUCCAGGAAGGCAGAAUCUUCAUUGCAGGUGACGCUGCACACAUUCACUCCCCAAGCGGCGGGCAAGGACUGAACACAAGUAUCCAGGAUUCAUUCAAUCUAGCGUGGAAAUUGGCCCUCGUCUACAAAGGUCUCGCCUCCCCACAUCUCCUCGGUACCUACCCGGUCGAGCGCCUGCCCGUGAUUGCGCAGAUGCUCGCUACUACCUCGAACCUAUACACCCACCUCAUACCAAAGAAAGAAGAUUCGCAGGCGACGACCGUACAAGAUCAGGACCCCAAGAAGGCGGGCUUCAUGCAGUGGCGCAACACCGCGCUCUACCAACUCGACAUCAACUACCGCUGGAGCCCGAUCACGGUUGAUGCGCACGGGAAAGACGGCCUGAGCGAGGACGAUUUGAAGGCUCGCGCAUACGAGGGCUACCCCGGAGGAGACGUGCGGGCUGGCGACCGCGCGCCCCAAGCCCUGCUCUCGUCGGGUGGCGCCGCAGAGAUUGUCAAAGCCGCCCAGGAGUACCCAGUCGGCACGGUGCAUACGGUCGUCCUCGGCAAGGAUGCCGUGCCUCAGCCGAUUGACAGUGCGGAGUCCUACCACGACAAGGAAGGCCAUGCGUAUCGUGCUUACCACGUCGAUGGAGGCGAGGUGACGGUUGUUGUCGUACGACCCGAUGGCUAUGUGGGCGCGGUGGUUCACGAUGUAGAUGGGCUUAGGACGUACUUGGCAAAGAUCUUCCGGGUCUUGUAG